AUGUCUAUGGAACCGUCGACAUCGGCUUCGGUGCCUCCACCUCUGCCGCCGCCCAGGCAUAUUUCACCUUAUCCAACCCAGAUGGAUUCUUUCAGUUACGACGCUUCUCUUCUCAAUCUGCUGCAACCAGGUAGAGAAACCCGGAACAAUGCUGGAAUGAAAAGGCGUAACAAUGAGCUGGAAUCCGGACAUCAUAGCGAGACAUCAAUGUUGCAGCCAAACUCUAACAAUCAGUUACCAUUGAAACAUUCUGCAUACACGAACAGCCAUGUCGACCCUCCGAAAUGGCAGAGACGUCAAAAUGGAGCACGCGAAAGUGACGAGUUUAUCCCCACUGCUGUUGUUAUCAAAAAUAUACCUUUCGCAUUCCGCAAAGAACAGUUUAUCGCUCUAGUAUCUGAAAUGCGGCUGCCCCUUCCUUAUGCACUCAACUAUCAUUUCGAUAAGGGUGUUUUCAGAGGUCUUGCCUUUGCGAAUUUCUCUAGCGCCCAGGAGACAAGACUUUUCAUCGACUCUAUGAAUGAAAGGGAAGUUCAAGGUCGGAGGCUCAGGGUUGAGCAUAAAAGCAUGCUCCCCGUUGAAGAGAGAGAACGAAUCGAAAGAGCUAAGAGGGAGUGGCACGAGUCGCUUCCACAAAUGAACCAACUCUCAAAAUUACACAGAACUCGAAGUACUAGCGAGCUUUUCGGAAGUCGAGUUUCUGCCUCAAGACAAUCUCCUGUGACCGGAACGUACUCCGGCUAUGCCAGCUCCAACCACAGUGAUAUCAGUAUCCGCAGUUUUGGUAGCAAUAACAGCUAUACUUGCUCCGUUCGUUCGGCUCGUGGGAUUCCGGAUGCGGACUCAGAAAUUUUAUCACCAGUAUCAAAUGGCGUGAAAGGGCGGCAGAGCAGCGCUGCUAGCAGCGAUACCCCACAUUGUGUCGUAGAUAACACUAGACAUACAAAGGCUUUACCAUCAGAAGAAUUAGUGGGACUUGAAGGAAAGUAUCAAUCCUGGGAAACGUUCUGUGUGUGGCAGCUCGUCGCGUUCCUUCAAGUCUGUACCUUGAGCGACGUGCAUGCUCUGACGCAGUCUCCAAUUAAGUUAAAAGAUCGAUUCAAAUCUUACUUGAGACGCAUGAUCGCUCGGGAAGGAAACACUGACUUCCUACUAUAUCGAGCUUUUGCACAACCUGGUCAGCCAGAAGCCCAAUUACAGAUGCUUCGCCAUCUGAACAGUACUUUUUCGCAAUCGAGGUCUUCGAUACGCUCAUACAGUUCUCGCACUUCGCAUAGCUCUGCAUCAUCGGCGAGUUCUUUCUCAUCCCAAAUUUCUGAUGGGACAUUAUUGAAUCAUGUGCAACAAGAGGCGAAAAGCCUCAAAGACUGUCUGAUCAAGAUUCAGAAGAAACUGAAACAUCUCGAGAAAGGCCUGGAAGGGAUUCAAAAUGACAAAAGCCAGGAAACACCUGCUGCUGAAUCGAUAACACUGGUAAAGCUUGUAGAUGCUAACAAAAUAGCCAUCGAAUGGCUCAAUUCAAAAGAUGGAGAACUAGGAUUACUGGGGUUCUCGGACAUGUCUCUCCUUUUCGCCAAAUUCCAUCGCGACUUUGCAGAUAUUUACAAAGAUCUGAAGAGUUUGAAACGUCAAAACAAACUCCAAAAAGUUUUCAGGCCAGGACGUUCAAAGAAAGAAGUCGAAGAGAGGCGUCUAAAGUACGCCCAUAUAGAUCAGGCAGUGUACAAUAUGAUGAGCGGAAUUGUUUCCGGGUUUGAAGCUGCCGAAUUGCAGAAGGCUGCUUUCGUCGCUGCUGGGCAAUCGUGCGUGUCUGUAUCAAUCUCAGAAACUGCCGCUGAUUUAGGAUAUGCCGCUUACGACACAACACAUGGGAUGUUGCGUUUUCUGGAAAUGAGAGAGUUUUUCAAGAUCGAGGAUUCUAGAUUUCGAAAUUAUUUCAAGUGCAAUUGCUGCCCAAAGAAGCCGAAGAGUUUUGACACUAAAGUAGCAUUGCGUGCUCAUGAGAACGAAAACCCCUAUCAAUGUACAUACUGCCCCAGACGUUUCCGCAGCAAGAAUAAUGCCGAAGUUCACAGCAAUUCUCUCCAUACUCGGCGUUUUUCCUGGUCGUGUGCGGGACUUAUCAGCUAUGAGGCUGCAUUCCAUCCAGCUUCGAGAACUCCAGAUGAAGCAGACAUCUGUGGCUAUUGCGGCGAAGAAUUUAGACGUAGUGGGCCUGUUGAUGACCUAGGCAUAAAAACUACUUCAGAAGCAGACUUGGAGCUGCGUAUCGUACACUUACAGGAAACUCAUAAAUUUGGCGAGUGCAAUCGUGCAAAGAAGUUUUUUCGGGCGGAUCAUUUUAAACAACAUAACAAGCAUAGUCAUGCUGGAAUCAUUGGAACGUGGACAAGCAUGCUAGAUAAUGCGUGUAUGAAGGAUGAGCUUCUCUCUAAACCCAUUUGUGGGCCAAAUGGUGAAUACUCCCACACCGAAGAUGGUACCCAGCUUCCAACCGAGAGUCACAAUGUUCCAGAAGAAAUUCUUCUUUUAGCAGAGAGAAUCAGAGAACCCGUCAGCCCGUCAGGGCCCGUCAGGGGGGUUCAAAAGCGACAUUGUCGAUCUGAACGGCAUAGGAUCUUAGAUUAG